UUUUAGUUGGGCGUGACUAACUGGAGGUAUCACAACUUUUAAUACAUACGUACGUACAUGGCGACUACAAUUCAAGAGAAGAGACCUAGGAGUGGGUUGUUUCACAAACAAAUGUCCACAGAGGAGCUGGUUUCUUGGCUGAGGGAGGAAGGCCUUGGACAUAAGGACUGUGACAUAAUAUUGGACAAUGGAUUUACUGGUACAUCGUUUCUUCUUCUGGAGAAAAACGUAGUGAAAGAGUUGGGUAUCAAGAUGGGUGGUCAGAUCAUGAUCACUAAGCUCAAGAAAAUGGCUGAGGAGAUAUGCGCUGAGGUAGAUGAUCGAUUGACCUUUGAUACUCACUCGACCGUCCCAAAUGAUGAUGGUCGUGUGGUGGUGCCUCCUGCUAGUACACUGAUCAUCAAUGAUAUCAGAGAGAGCUCACCCACUGGGGGGACCAGCACUAGUGGGGUCCAGGAGAUGAGAGACCCUCAAGAGUCACCCACCAGGCAGCAGGGAGAAGAAGAUGUGACGAGAGAGCCAGUGUCUCGAGUACAGUCUAGUGGAGACGGCUUCAGAGAAGAAGAUGAGGCUCCUGUGUACUGCACCCAAGGCCUUGAGUCGGGCACUAGUGUGUUCUCCUUUGAUCACACUGUGCACAUGUACCGCAAUAAGAUAUGGGCCGGGAGAGAGCUACUCAAAGUGACUUUUCUGAACCCUGACGUUCUCAACAGUUGGGGACUCACUAGAGACAAUAUCCUCGACUGGGCCAAGGUCUGGGACGUUGAAAAUGAGAAAGUACCAACGUUCACUUGUUCCAAAGCAAAAGGAGACAUUCGAGUGAAGUUGUCUGACACUGAGGGAUGCUGGUCAGCAGUGGGCAUGGAUGCAGAGAAGAUUCAACCAGUAACUGAUCCGACCAUGGUCCUCAAUCUCAGAGGACUACCAGCGCACCUCCAGAGGAGUCUGGUCAUCCACGAGUUUGGACAUGCCUUGGGGCUCGAUCACGAGCACCAGCGCUCUGACUUCUGGGACGUUAUGGGCGGCUAUUUCGAUAAAAAGAGGAUCCCUCAAGAACAAUACACGAGGGUAGUCAAGAAAUCUGAUGCAGUGGAUAAGGACAGAGUGUUGGAGUACAAUCCCAACAGCAUCAUGCACUACUGGUUUGAUCUUGCUUGGUUGGAGAAUCCUCGUCACCGUAUCCAUGGUAACAUUGAGGGUGACAACACACUGUCACCGACAGACAAACGAUACCUUCUUGGAGUGCACAAGAGACAGGGAGAGGGCAAACUACCCAGUGACCCCUCAACCAUCGACAAGCAAUAUCUAGUGGACAUUUAUGUUAACGAUGAGCUGAGACAAGUGUCAUCACCUGUGCCUCGACGAAAGGCAAGACAGUUGUCUCCUGCUACAAACACAAGACCCAACACUACCACUAGAGCAGCUCCAAGAAACCCUCAGUACAACAGUAUUGAUAAAACCGACUCUGUUUUGCAAGUGAAUGUCCACAAACAAGAGAUUCUGAACACUAUUUGGGAUGUCCGUGCCCAGUGGAGAGUGAUUGGUGCAUAUCUGGGCUUGUCGGUCGGUGAACUGGAUGCAAUACACGCUAACUCCAGUGACUACCUCAAUAAUGUCCUAGUGUCAUGGAUCACUCAAGGGAACAAGUACAUUGAAGAGUUACUGGUCGUGCUCCGGUCCUCAGCAGUGGGCAGGGCUGACCUCGCUGAGAAAAUAGAGACCCUGAGGAUUUUUAAACGCUAGUAAUCUUUUGUUUUCUGUGGUGUGUGAGUGUUGGAAUUGUCUAUCUGUGCAAUGUG